AUGCCGCUGGGCGGCGAACCACCACACAAGAAACCGAGAGUGAUUGACUUCGGUCGAGGAGCUCAUGUUACAGCACAGGCGCUGUCGCAGAUCCUCGACCAAGUGCGCCGAGAGGGUGUGCCUGAUGCGUCCAGUCCGUCGACGAUCCAGCGAGAACGGCAGAGAGUAGCUUUCCAGGAUACCUCCUUCGGCAAGCUGCUGCAGCUCCACAAGGUGCCCACGACCAAGGGGGGCACGGUCGAGAUGUACUUGGCACACCCGCUGGGCUUCUUGGAGGCGGCGUCUAAGUUCUCUGAGUGCUACCGAGACACGUUGGCACUCGAUCGGGGCAGGAACUUCAUCACCGUCCUGCUCUACGCGGACGAGGUGACUCCAGGCAACCCACUUGCGGAGCAUAACGACCGUAAGGUCCAGAUGUGCUAUUGGUCCUUUGCAGAAUUGGGCUUCCCAGCGUUGAAUGCAGAAGCAGCGUGGAACACAAUCGCGGCCGUCCAGGCCACGAGCGUUGACAGCAUGGAUGGCAACAUGUCGCAAGUUUUUAAGUACGUUCUCCGGCAGUUAUUUGGACGUGCAGAUGGCAAGCCCGACCUGCGGGACGGCGUGUCCAUCGCCGUGGCUGGCGAGGCUGCGCCGAGGCUAGUCUUCGGGCGCCUCGGCAUCAUCGUGCAGGGCGAGAGGGCGUUCAAGGCGCCCAUGCAGGUGAUGGGCGCCACCGCUCACAAAGUAUGCGCACUGUGCGCGAACGCCGUAGGGCAUCGGUCGCUGCUGCUCCCAGACCCUUCGAACUUUUUGGUCUCGGCGGACGAGGUGGACAUUUCAAAGUUUCGGGCGCGCACAGCUAGUGGCAUUCGGGGCAUCCAGCGCAGGCUUCGGGAGUUGGCGGCCGUCCCAAACGGCAAGACAGAGCUCGAGAAGUACGAGACACUGAUGGGCUACAAGUAUUUCGCUUCAAACUGGCUGCAGGACGAGAGCCUCGUCGACGACAUCGACGUCGUCAAGGCCUGGUGCUGGGACUGGAUGCACUGCUACAUGGUCAACGGCGUAUACACCAAGGAGGUGUCCGAGCUUGUGCAUAGGCUUCGCCAAGUUGGGCUAGGCCCCGACGUGCUGGACGGAUUUUUAAAGCAAUGGCAGUGGCCCUUGGCGCACCCUGACGCCAAGGAUUUGUGCUCCCAGCACUCGGACAACAGCCCGUCUGGCAAUGCCUCGGUGUUCCUCUCGCCCCCUGUUGUGCUCGAGAAGUGGCUCAGGGAUGUUGCGCUGCCGAUCGUGGGUGGUGCCGACGCCGAGGUCAGGAGCGGGAUCGCCCUCUGCGUGGUGGUGCAACUUCUUACGAUCGUGAAUUCUGGCCUCGUCGGGGCUGGCCAGCUGGCCACCGCUAUCGGGCGGCACCUGGCGUUGCAUAAGGCUGCUUAUGGGCAGUCACUGUGGCUUCCCAAGUCGCACUACACCAUUCAUCUCCCAGACACUCUGCGGAGGCACAAAUGUUUAUUGUCGGUGUUCGUCCAAGAGCGGAAGCACCGAACCGUCAAGACCAUGGCGACUGGUAGGCACACGACAGUGUCGUACAACAGGGGGCUCAUGGAGGAGGUCACCGUGCAGCACCUUUACCAGCUAAAGAUGCCCCUGACCAAGCCGAGCUUGCUGAACCCUAGGCCUGCGACCAAGAGGGUGCGGUCCUUGCUUUGUGGCGGGAGCAACGACAUCGGCGACGACGUCGUCAUUGACACGUCGAAGGACGCACACGUGCACUGCCGCGUCGUCUGUGUAGGGGACGUGGUUUCAUUCCAGGGAGCUUCUGGCGUCGAGUUCGGGUCAGUGCACUUCCAUGCUCGGUUUGCGGAUGCACUCUGGACGUGCAUUUACAAGUGGACAGUUGUAGCUUCGGAGCCCACGCAUGUGAAGUGCCGUGUGCGCUGCGAUUUAGAGUUGAUUAGCAUGUUGGACAUAAUUGAGCCUUGUGUGUACUGGCCAGCGCGGACUGGCACGAUAUGUCAGGUACUGUUGCCGCCCAGGCUGAAGCUCAGGGCACUCGGGCUUUGA